AUGGGUUUGACCCGGCAAGGGACGCGACACGGCUCGUACGUCGAUCUCACGCAAGGCGCGGGGUCGAUGACGAAGAGCAUUCUCGAUAACGGUGGCAUCGCGCAGGAUGGGUCGUUCAAGUCGAAGAUCAUCUGCACGCUCGGACCGGUUUCGAGGACGGUGGAGAUUUUGGAGAACAUGUUGCGAGCCGGGAUGUCCAUCGCGCGAUUCAACUUCUCUCACGGCUCGCACGAGUACCACCAGGAGACUUUGGAUAAUCUCAGACGGGCGUGCGCGAACACCGGGAUUCACUGCGGGGUGUUACUCGACACGAAGGGACCGGAGAUUCGCACCGGUAUGCUCGCGUGCGGCGGCCCCGUCAUGUUGGAAGCCGGCAACGAGAUCACGUUGACCACGGAUUACGACUUCAAGGGUAGCGCAGAGAAGAUCGCGGUGUCGUACCCGGAUUUGGCGAAGGAUGUCAAGCCUGGAUCGAAGAUUUUGUGCGCCGACGGCUCGGUGACGUUCACCGUGCUCGAGUGCGACGUCGCCAAGGGCGAGGUGCGAUGCAAGCUCGAAAACAGCGCCAAGCUCGGCGAGCGCAAGAACAUGAACUUGCCGGGCGUCGUCGUGAACUUGCCGACGAUCACCGAGAAGGAUCGCCAUGACUUGAUCGAGUGGGGCGUGAAGAACCAAGUCGAUUUCAUCGCCGCCUCCUUCGUUCGCAAGGGCAGCGACGUGGAGUACAUUCGCAGCGUCUUGGGCGACUUUGCGAGCAAGGUGUCCAUCAUCUCCAAGGUUGAAAACAUGGAGGGUCUGGACAACUUUGAAGACAUCGUGGAAGCCUCCGACGGUGUCAUGGUCGCUCGCGGUGAUUUGGGCAUGGAGAUCCGCAUGGAACAGAUUUUCUUGGCUCAAAAGCGCAUGAUUAAGCGAUGCAACAUCGCGGGCAAACCCGUCGUGACGGCUACGCAAAUGUUGGAGUCCAUGACUGGCGCUCCGCGACCGACUCGCGCCGAGGCGACGGACGUCGCGAACGCCAUUCUCGAUGGCACCGACGCCGUGAUGCUUUCGGGCGAAACCGCAGCGGGCUCGUACCCUCUGGAUGCGGUGAAGUGCAUGGCGUCCAUCUGCCGAGAAGCCGAGGCGUACGUCGAUAACCUCGCGACGUACUUCACUAUCCUUGAGCAACAACCGAUGCCGAUGAGCACCGUCGAGUCCCUGGCAUCUUCUGCCGUUCGUACGGCGCAAAAGGUUGACGCGGCGGCCAUCAUCACUCUUUCCAAAUCUGGUGACACCGCGCGGUUAAUCGCAAAGUACCGCCCCGCUGCCCCGAUCGUGGCCGUGGCCUACGCUUCUGUCGAGAAUCCGGGUCAGAUCGCACGCAAGUUUCUCAUGAGCCGCGGUAUUGUUCCGGUGAUCCAACCGCAAGAAUGGGCCGAAGGCUCUGACAUUGUGCCGCAAGCUGUCAUGCGUAACACCAUUCUUUACGCUCGCGAUUCUCUCAAGAUUGUGAAGCCUGGCGAUAAGAUUGUUGGCGUUCACCGCCUUUUGGGUGAAGCGAUCUUGAAGGUGGUCGAGGUUCCGGAUGGCGACAGCUUCUAA